AUGAGCUCCGCCGCUAUUUCCACCGAUUCCACGGCCGCGCUCAUAUCCGAGGUCGCCAGUGCCGCCGUCUCUGCCGCAGCAGCCUCUUCUUCGUUUUCCAGUCCUACCCAGAGCGUUAACAUCAAGAGCCUUGUUCCUAUUACUCUUGACAUGCAAUCCACUUCUUUUCGGCGCUGGCGGAAUACGUUCCGCAUCGUUCUCGGGCAUUUCGAUCUGCUCUCGCACAUCGACGUCAACAAUCCGCGCCCCAACGACGCCGCCUGGGUGCAGGCGGAUCUCACCGUCCUCAUGUGGAUUCAUGCCACGCUCGCCGAUGACCUCAUGGACAUGGUCAUGGAGGACAACCCGACGGCGUACUCCGUCUGGAAGCAAAUCGGUGAUUUCUUCAACACCAACAAAGCAAGCCGCGCCGUUCAACUGGAAGCUGAGUUCCAUAGCCUUCAGCAAGGUGACCUUUCUGCCUCUGAAUAUUGUCACCGCCUCAAGACCCUUGCCGAUGCUCUCGCCGACUGCGACCAUCCGCUUCGUGGUCGCGCCCUUGUUCAUCAGCUGGUUGCGGGUCUCCAUCCUCGCUACCACACAUUGAAGACUAUGUUGCCGGCGCUUCCCCAAUUUCCUAGCUUCCUUCAAGCCCGCACCAUGCUGCUGGCCGAGGAGGCCUCCCAGAACAAGUCCAAGCCGCCGGCUACAACAACUGAGACCGCCCUUAUCGCAUCUGAGGGCGCGGUUUCUUCGGGUGCGCAAUCUGGUGCUCGCCCUGAAUCUGGUGACCGCUACAACAACGCUGGUGGCCGUGGUGGUGGACGCUCCAACGCCAACACUGGUGGGCGCAACGGUGGACGCGGUCGCGGCCGCGGUCGUGGCGGCGGUCGCGGUAACUACUACAACAACGGCACCUCUGGCCGUGCGCCGUACCAGCAGCAGCAGCCCAACUGGGCGGCUUUCUUCCCUCCAUGGGGUGCUCCGUGGUGGCGCGCGCCAUGGACUGGUGCUACAGGUCCUGGCGUGAACCAUCGUCCUCCUCACCAGGCGUACAAAUGUGUUCUCUCAGCCGACUACUACAUCUGCGCCACCGAGUUGGGACACCUCCGGCCUCAUGCAAGAUCUACACGCUGCUUCUCUUCAGCAACCCUCCACCGGCGAGUGGUUCAUGGAUACCGGCGCCAGCACCCAUAUGACAAGCGACCAAGGUAA